AAUUAUUAUGUUUUUAUUGUCUAUGAACCCAAUGUCAAAAUUUUAAAAGAUAUUGACAAUGACAGAAUUAUAAUAAGAGAAGGCAUUAACACUCAUAAGAAGAAAUUAAAUGAUUAAUUUGACUCCGUACACAUUCCAGCCCGCUACUUUUAGACUUGUCAGGUUGUGGAAGAAUGCCCGAGCGAUAUCGGACUGGCUAACGUUAAGUGUGUCCUCCGUGUGCUGCCCGUGCUGCGAGACUAUGUCCCUCUCAGGCUCCUCUUGCUCCGAAACCUCCGAAAAGUCCGCCGACAACCAGUCUCAAUUGGUAUCGUCGCCAGUAAUAGACGCCGGCAGGGGGACCGGCGAGCCGUUCCAGCCCCACCAUGUCGUGAUAGACUUCAGUCCGCGCCCUGAGGACACCGACGAAGUGCAGGAGCGGUGCAUCGAGUUCCUAAAACUGGUCAACAAUUCGCCAAAUUUGAGAGAAGCUUGUAGCUCGAGAGCCCAUGACAUGAUUCCGGAAGAAACGUCGCUUAGCUCUUCUAAAAGCAAAGAGAAAAUUAUAGCAAAUGGCAAUGCACAAGACUUUCCAGCCAUACAUGCAGUCAAAAAAUUAUCAGCCAGAGGUGCCGUGAAAGCCGCCUUCGAAACGAAUCUCGUCAGGUCAUAACAUACUUUUAUUUUUACAUUUACAUAUAUUU